UGAACGUGGACGGGUUGGUACGAAGCUUCCAGCCUCUGCUCACGCCUGCCAACCACGCAGCUCUCACCUCCCUCCUGGUCCAUGAAGUCGCGACACACAUGGAGGCCGCGAUCUCCAAGAUAACGUACAAUAGGCUGGGGGGUCUGCUGGUGGACCGAGAGGUGCGUGCGGUGGUCGGGUAUCUCUCACAGGUGGCUCAGUGGAGCGUCAGGGAACAGCUGGCACGCAUAACUCAGAUGGCCACCCUGCUCAACCUGGACCAUCUGCACGAGGUGGAGGAGUACAGCAGCAGCCACUCCUGGCGCCUCACCCCUGCUGAGAUGAGGAAGACGCUCGCCCUCAGAGCGGACUUCAAGUAUGACGACAUCAAGCGGCUCAAGUUAUGAAGCAAUGACUUACCAAGAUUGAAUUUAAAUUGUUAUCUUUCUAAAAUAUUUAUUUCUGGUUCAGGGUAAGCUAGUGUCUCCGAAGUGCUAAUAUGUUCUAAAAAUGAAUCGUGUUGAAAGAAGGCAUUUGUGUUUCAUUCUAAAUGUUCUGAAUGAGCAACAUGUUAGAUAGGUUAGUACUAAACUGUGUGAAUCUUUAACAACUGCUAAAAUUAACUUUAUUCUAUUGAGUGAAAAGUUUAAUUGAAAGUUUGCGGCGUUACGUAUUGACGAAAAUCAUCUUUAAUUUGUAGUGUAGUUCACUUAGUGAACUGAAAAAUUUGCCAGUCCCUGAACGAGCGAAUAUCAUCCGGCUGACUGGGUAUAGUGUCUGCAACAAUGAUUAGGAGGAUGAAAAUAUUCGUUCGCAUCAUUUGAAUAAGCACUUAAAGAGAUAAUUUUUAAUAACAACAAAAACUACCGAGAAAAUUGUGCUAGUGUUGCCUCUGGUUAGCAUCGAUAUUGUACGUCACCAAGUGACUGUUGCUAUGAAGAAUAACCUAAUUCCUAAUAACCUAAUCCGGGACCAAAUUCGUCCCUUCCUAUUGCGUUUGUUAUGCAUCUGAAGCGCUGUAAAAGGUUACGCUGAAAUCUAUACAUGAAUUAAAAGUAUUACUUCGAACUUUACUUGCUCGUUCUCAUAGCGAGUCAAUUUUUUUCUAUUCUACUUUAAGUCGACAUUCGUUGCAACUUCAAAUACAUACCUAGUGCAGCAGAAACAUGGCGUCUCUUAUUGGAUACCAUGAAUUUUAACGUUUUACAUGAUUUUUUUUCAUUAAAUUUGAAAAUCGG